AUGGACGACAUCAAGUGCAACAGUCUCAAGUGUCGCAAGUCACUGCAACUUGAGGUUCGUCCCUGGCCCUCACUGCCCGCUGGCUGCGCUCGGGCAUGACUCGGGAGCGAAAGUCGUCGCCUCCACUUCGAUGCCUGCUUAUUGAUCGAGCUCGAUACCAAUCUCCCUCUGAUUUACUCGUGCAGGGAACGUGAGUACGAUGAAUCGUUGGUGGUAUUGGUCUAGGGUAAAGACGCGAGCGUUGAUGACUCGCUCGCCCAUCACUCCCACAACCGCGAUCCUGGCCGCCCUCUCGUCUGAUCGCGCCACGGCCGUGACAUCAUUCACGCGUCGACCCUUCACCAAAGCGCCGUCGUCACAACUUGGUAGGCGCCGUCCAUAUCUUUAGCUCGAAAGACUGUAGACUUCGCCUCACGCGAUAUGAUUCUUUCAGCUCUCACAUCUUUUGCGUCGAAUGCGCCAACUCGCUUUUUUCGGUGCCCCAGAUUUGCCCGGCGUGCGACACGGCGCUGCCCGAUGCCGACGACGUCGUACAAACAACCCUCAACCCACCCGACAGCUACAAGACCUCCGUCCUCUCGGGUCUCCACCCCAGCAUCAUCCUCGACGUCGCUUCUCGUGCACUCAACUUUCACACCUAUCAGACGCAGCAAGAGGCGGCCUUCCAGGCGCUCGUCACCCGCAACACUCAGGAGGUGAAGUCGCCGAAAUGCUCCAACUCUCGGUCACCGACUCGUCAAUGCAGGACAUCACAGGCUGACCUAGAGUCUGCGACUGUUGUUGAAAGAGAAUCGCAGUGCUUGAGAAUCAGAUGUCUUCGAUCAUGCGUGAUGCCAACUCUGAGAUCACACUCCUGAAGGAGAAAGUCGCCGGUAUGUAAUGUCUUGAGCCGAAGCAAGCAGUGCUGUAUUUAAUGAGUGAUGCUUAUACUGCCAUCUCUCCAUCGAGUAGAGACCGAAAGGGACCUCGAGUUGGAACGUCGUCGCAUCCGAGACUUGCACGAGACCCACAAAGCCAAUGCCAAAGCCUACAAUAAACUCAAGGUGCGAAUAGCCAGGGCCAGGCCACCGAGAAGGGUUGAAGGAUUAAUCUUAUAUCGUAUCACACUCUACCCUUUCAGGCUCAAUACGACAAAGAGAAGCAACGCAACCUUCUGCCGUCGAGUGAACGACAUCCUUCAAACACGUUCGAAGCUGCCGCAGCGGCGAUCGCGGGCAACACGUCAGGGGCUCGUCAACCCUUCGCCGCGAUUCAAGACGCGGGCACGGCAACGCCAGCUCGCUCCCACAGUAGCUCAAGUAUCAUCUCCCAACCGGAUCGUGGCUGGUCCGCGAGUGCUCAGCGUAAUCAGUACGCCAGAAAUGCGCAGAAGUUGGGAGGUGGGGAUGCUGGCGCAGGGGGUGUGCCUUUUGCUUACAAUCCCGGCGACUCGGUCCAACGCCCGCGUAACACUUUCCAAGGGGAUCAUACCCAGCUCCACAACUCUAGUCACGCUCCUCAACAACUUCACAGAGCUGCGAUGAAAGAUCCAAGGCGGGGGACGAAUCCCAGCACGGGGUCCGGCUCGACGGGGUCCGACGGUGGAGGGAGGCAGGAUCACUUUGCUCAGGCGUUCCAGGGCCAAAACUCAGCAAGAGAAGCAGGACAGCACAAGAUGACUGGCAUUAGAAGUCGCGCAGUGGAAGAAAAUUUGCCUCAGUUCCUUGGACAACCGUUGCCCUCGCCUCGCGGUGGAACUGGCGGAGGAGGUCAGCCUGGCCAGAAACUCAAGGGUGGUCAGUGCAUUGGAUUCUUCACCUGGUGAUUUGUCCAUAUAUUGUGGCUCACACUUUGCCUCCCACAAACAAUCUAGGUUCGCUAUUCCGUCCUGCCCCAACUUGACUUAGCCCUCGGAAAACGACUCCCAUGACUCCCAAAUCGGGACCGGCGCCUGCUGGAGCACGUGAGGAUAAUGCUUGA